CAAAGUAUAACUAUCGAUCGGGUAUUUAUUAUGGCUAUGUUAUGUAUUUAAAGUCUUUUUAACUCAAAUCUAAAAUGAAUUGUUAUAUGGACAUAAUGAAACAGAGUUUUCAUUUUAAUUAUCAGGCUAAUAAAUAGGUAGUUUGUUUUCGGUUAACGAUCAGACUGAUAAAUACGAAUGUGAAUUAAACACGGAAGUAAACAAAAUGGCGGCGCUAAAACAAGUUUUACAAAUUGAGCCUGCAGCUGAACUUGUAUUCCCAGUGACAUUUGACGAGAACGCAACAACAAAACUCAAGUUAACAAAUCCUUCACAAGAGAGUAUUUGUUUUAAAAUAAUGGUAAAAGUUCCGGCGGUAUACACCUUCAAGCCAAACAAGGGGAUAAUUCCACCAAACCAGUCUACAGAAAUAUUAGUCACGCUUCAAUCAUUCAAGUACGACGAAAAUCAAACAUACAGACACAAGAUAAUGGUACGAUCAAUGUUUGCUCGCGGCGAACAAUUAGAGGAUCGCAUAGACCAGAUGUGGAAGGAUAUAUCUCCAGACGCAGUCAUGGGAACAAAACUGGAUUGUAGAUUCAUACAAGCUGAAAGAAAAGAAACUUUGACGUCUAGAAUGACGACUAUGAAGCCAGACGUAACCACUGAAAAGCAUACCCGCUAUAAAGGACAAUCCCGUGGUAGUAUCCUUGUUGCAAGCAUUGAUAUUGGCAAUACUUACACCAGAUGUGCUGUCUCGUCUAAAUACGACUAUCACAAGGAUCCUACAGACAUAACGGUGUUGACCCAUCUUUGUUCAACAGAAUCAACAAGUAAUCCAACUAUGGUAUUAAAGGAUGACAACAAAAUGUUUGACAGUUUUGGAUAUGAUGCACUUGACAAGUAUAUGGAACAUCGCCAGGGUCAUCUCUUCAAAGAAAUAAAGCUACCUCUUUAUAGAAAACUAGCAGACAAAGACAUAAAUAAUGUACAAAUUAAAGAUGAAUUAGGAAAACAGAUACCUGCAGUCGAAGUGUUUCAAGCAAUUAUAAACCGCGUUAAAGACCAUUUACACGCUGAGCUAGAAAGGCUACGCACACCAAUGAUGCCUGAAGAGAUCUACUGGGUUAUUACCGUCCCAGCUGUGUUUACGGACCGGGCAGUCACUUUGAUAGAAACAGCAGCAAUACAGUCUGGAAUUGCCAAGAAUAACCUCAAUAUUUCCACUGAACCAGUGUCUGCUUUGGAAUAUUGCAAACACACUCACAAGCGUCAGCACGAGUACUGUACUAUUUAUCACCCAAGUGGAUUAACUAGCUCAGAAGCGGAUAUUUUUCAAGAUGGAAGACAGUAUAUUGUAGUAGAUAUUGGAGGAGAAACGCUAGAUGUCACAGUUAUUAAGACAGGCCUCAGACGAAAUGUUACAGAGCAGCAUAAAGUUUGUGUUGUUGGGAGUGGUAGUAACAGCUUACACGAAGCACUUGACAAUGUUUUGACAGACCUCGUUGGAAAUAAAGCAUAUCACAGGUUCAGCACUGAAAAACAUGAUGAUUAUAGGUUUUUGCACAAAGUAUUCAAUGAAACACUGAAAAACGAAGAUACACAUUCUAACAGGGUCAUCAGUGUGAAGGUACUUGAAUUAAUUGUGUUUGACAUCGAAUCAGAAGAUAAUUUUAAGACUGCCCUUGGUAUGUCUCCUUAUGCUGGUGAGAUUAGUGUUUGUGCCGAUAAGCUGAGAUUGUCUGCAGCUUUUUGGAAAGGACUUGUAGCAGAAUAUUGUCUGACGUUAGUCAAGCAACUAAACGAUGUGUUUGAGAAAUACUCAUGUGACAAAAACAUUUGUUUAUUGCUUGUUGGAGGAUCUGCUAGUUUUAAAACGGUCCAAGAAGCUGUGAUGAAAGAAUUUAAUAACUUUGACAUUUUCAUUCCGAUGCAACCUGAAAUUGCUACAGUCGGGGGUUCCGUAAUGCUGGGACAUGUCCCUCCAUUUACGAUAGAUCGUGUUCCAAACGGAAGAGACACCAUAGUGAUGAUAGAAGAUAAUCAGUCAAAAGCAAGUGAUUGUAAAAUAGAUGACCAAGCAGUCGCAAGUGAUUUUGUGCAAAGUAUAUCCGAGAUGUCAGUUUCGAGCGACUUUAUAGAAGACGAAACAAUAGCCAGAUCAUCGAAUAUGCAGACAGGACUGAAAUCUUUGUCACAGAGAUUGCAGGGGAAGCCACAAGAAAUAUCAGUUAGACGAAAUUAUAUUACUGCUGAUGUUAUCACAGCUUACGGAGACAUAGAUGCAUCAAGACCAUUGAAGGUGUGUUUUGCUGACGAAGAUGACAAGGAUAUGACAAGAGAAAUGUUUGGGUUGUUCUGGGAAAAGACAUGCAGUGUAUGGUUUCGAGGAGAAAAUGCUACUAUCCCGCUAGUACCCGUUGCGAAAAGAGCAGAAGCCAGACGUGUAUUUCCGGUUCUUGGUAAAAUUCUAGAGCAUAUGCUGUGCAUACUUGGUCAAUUCCCUACCCAGAUAUGUCGUAGUCUUGUUCUAGCUAUAGCUCAUCCCGACAAAGAUGUUGAUGCUGAUUUAGUGCUUGAUGAUUAUCUACUGUAUGCACCGGAAAGAGAAAGUAUUCUUUUGUCACAGAGUUUAGCGAAGUCUGAUUGGUCUGAAAGUAGAAAGAAGCGUCUGACCAGAUUUUUCAGCGUGAACAAGAUUUCAAUGCAUCCAACACCAAAGUCAUUUAGAGAAGACCUUUUAAACAUUGCUUAUGCAGAAAUCAUCGACUCUUCACAUGUUUAUGUUGCAUUGAUGAGGCGAGGAAUUUCUGAUUUUGCUUUAAAGCACUUCUUUGAUGUUCUUGACACUGACGGUUUGAGGUCAGAGUAUGAAAUGACAAAACCCACAACUGAAAGAGUUGUUCAAAUGAUUGAAGAUAUGUUUGACAAAGCUGGCUUUAGUGCAGAAGAGAAAAUCAUCAUCAAUUAUCUCAGCAACAUUAUCAGUGAUAUGAGCAAGAAACAACUACGACAAUUUCUGAUCUGGCUCACAGGUUCUCCUUGUAUGCCUCAGAAAAUCAACAUUACUUUCAACACAUCUGGAGGCAGGUCAAAGCUUCCUGUAGCACAUAGCACAAGUCACGUGCUCGAACUGUCCAGAGACUAUAGUUCGUAUCAAGAUUUUGAGCGUGUUUUGAUGGACGUUCUGUCAAAUGAAUUCUUAAUUGUUACAGCAGGUGAAUCUGGUCGUUAAAACAACCACAAAGAAACGAAAUAGUAUCGACGAAGAGUGUAAAGUGAUAAACAUUCUUGCAACUACAUUUAAAUAUUUUGAUAUUCGCUCAAUACAUGAUGAUUUAUUUAGUCUGAUCCAAUAUGGUGAUUUCUUUGUGACACUUGAUGUGUGACCGUUGUCACUUUGGUACGUGUAGCUCAUGCUGAAAUUCAUAAAAUUCAGUAUUUCCUUUAAUCCUUUCAAAAUAGGCAUUUGUCAACAUGUUUUAUUGAAACGCUAUAUGCCACGAUUUCAAAACCAUCAGGUAAGUUUUGUAUUGGAGAGUCCAUGAAAUUAUACUGGAUAUACUGGACUUUCCAGGUUCGAUGCAACCAUGUGAACUUUUUUAUUUUGAAUUACGUCCACGUUAUCUGCGUUGAUGUUUUGCAACAUAAAAUCAACUUAAAACCAUUUAUAAUAAGAAAAAAAAAUACUGAUUAACUUAUUUAUCUUUUAACAGUGUAACGCUAUAAAGAGAUAUUCGACAUUCUUUUCCGAGAACAAGCAAAACAAGCAAAUUUCUAUAUCAUUAUCUGAAUGACAAUAUGAAUUCAUAAAUGUUACAGCAGAUAAAUCUGGUCGUUGAAACAACCACAAAGAAACGAAACGGUAUCGAAGAAAUGUGUAAAGUUGUAUACAUUUAAGGAAUUCAGAAACGCAUCAUCCAUAUAUUGAAUUUAUUUCAUUCUUGUAAUUUAUUUCUACUAUUUUUAUAUUUACUUAUUUAUUCAUUAGGUCUGAUCCACACUGUAAAAAUAUACUGUAAUGUUUACGGUAUGUACCGUUGAAUAGUUACGGUAUUUUGCCCGUACAGAUGAUUACGGAAUUUAGACCGUGAACCCGCGGUAAUUGCUGGAAUAAAAUAGCCGCCGCCUGAGACCAACGUGUAGAAUAUUUCUUGUAUCAAAUUUUUCUUGUUUAGAGAUGCUUUUUAAUAGCAGCUGUCCAAACAUUUUCAUGUUCGCAAGACGCAGCUGAUAUAGGUGUUCAAAUACGCGACUGGUUUCAUUAAACAGAAAAUGUGUACAUUACAAAUUCUAUAACAAUGUUUCUACGGUAAAAUUCCUGGCAGCUGGUUCCCAGUACCUUAACCGUUAAAUAACAGUUAGGCCUGUAAAAAAGGAAACGGUCUGUCCUGUAAGUUUUACGGUAAAAUUCCUUGAAACCAGAUGCCAGGAUGUUUACUGUAAAUCAUUAUGGUAUGUCUUUACAGUGGGUAUGGUGGUUUCUUUUGUGAAGCUUGACGCAUGACCGUCCUUACUUUGGUGCGUAUAGCUCAUGCUGAAAUUCAUUAAAAUCAAUAUUUACUUUUAUUCUUCUCAAAAUAGACGUUUCUCAAAAACUUCAUUGAAGCACUUUCAAACAUCAUCUGGAUGUUUUUGUAUUGGAGAGUCCGCCAAAAUAUACUGGACAUACUGGACAUUCAAGGUUCGAUGCAUUCACGUGAAGGUUUUUAUUUUGAAUUACGUUCACGUCAUCUAAUCGCUUUUUGCGACUUAAAAUCAAAUUAACCUUUUAUCAUUGGAAAAACUUAUUUAUUUAUUUAUCUUUUAACGGUGUCACGACUUAAAACAGAUGUUAGUUAUUCUUGUCCGAAGUUAAUCAAAAGAAACAAAUUUAUUUAUGUUUGAAUGACACUAAUCCGAAUAUGAGCUUCAUUUAUGGUAUGAUUGAAAGUGAAAUUUAUAGAAGCUCGUUUUCAUAUAGAAACCUUUUCUCAUAUCAUUCAAUGCAUAAGAUUGAAAUUGUAUCAUUUCUGUGUCAUUUCUUUGACACUUGAUUUAAAUGCUUGAAAAAAAGACACCUUUUUUAAUUUGAAAUGUACUGAUAAUAUGUUGUGUUUCCUCUAGUUUAUGUUUGUGUAUCUCUUUUUUUUUUUUUGAUGAAAUUCUUUUCAUGAGAAAAGUUUUGCAUAUUUGUGAGAAUGUUAAGAUGGCUCUGUUACUUUACACUUAGGAUUUAACUCCUCUUAUGAAUGUUAUACUAGGCCUUGAGCCAAGAUCUCAAAUUCCAAAAAUUGGCGAACAAAAUUUUAGUGCCUUUCAUUUUAAUAGUUAUAUGUCUGUUGUCUUUGAAACAGUCGGCGGCUCUCUUUGAUAUAACUUAAUGGCCGAUUUUCUUGAGUUUUACUUGCAAUCAUUAUUUCGUUAAGAUUUUGAGGAUAAUCUGUUUGCUUUGGAAUACGGAAGGCUCAUUCAGUUUUAUAAAUAUUUGUAACAUAUAAUACUAAAGUAAGAGCAAAGAGUUCUCGUGAUGUCUCAAUGACAGGUAUAGCUCAAUAUGUGUCAUGUUUUGUAUUUUUAAGUAAUGCACUUAUCGUUUGUUUAUAUAGCUUUAAGCAACUGUGUAUUUUAGCUUGAGAAUUUUAAGAGUUUUAUUUUAACAAAUAUUAGAUAGUAUGUGAAUUUUAUUCGGGACAGAGUCAAAAGCAGAUUGCGGAAUCUUCGAAUAAGAUUGAAUGAAAUUCCAUAGUUUGUGUAUAUAAUUCAAGUAGCAUAUUGAGUAAUGCACAUUUAUUGAUAAAUGUAUUUAAAUUUUAUAGUUAUAAAUGUGUGUUUUGUAUGAAAGGAUAAAUUCAUUAAAGUAAA